GCAAUGUCCACUCCAUGUUUUGGGAUCAUCUUUGAAAAAGUCACUAAUAAUAAAGUGACUGGACAUAAGCUCUUCCAAAGUUUCAUUAAGGAAAAUAAAGCAUGUUUUUGGAAUAUGAAACUAGGAGAGGCAAUAAAUUCGAUGAAAUACGUUGGCUACAUCAAACCUUCUACACUGUUUAUUACUUCAUUGAAUGAAAACCACAUGCAAACAUUGCGUGACGCAUGGGUUCAGCAAAUUUUAAGAUCUGCAAAAGGAUAUCGAAUUAAAACUUUUGGAGAUGUAGAAAGUAUUGGAAUACAUAAGAUUGAUCAGAUACAUUUGGUACCAUUGCUGGAUAUUGUUUGCGAUGUGGUUGCUAAAAUGAAUCAGAGUGGUAGGCCGGCAGUAUUGCAAACAUUACAGAAUGAAAUUGGUAAAGAAUAUCCCGAAAUAAAGACACCUUCAAUGAGAACCCUUCGACAAGCUAUUCAAACCUUAUUGAAGCAGAAGACUUUAAAAUAUGAUCUGAAACAAUUGCGCAUUUGCUUUCCUUCUACACCUCCUUAUCGUUCCAAAAAAAUUACUAUUACCAAAUGUACAGUAGAAUGUCAAACGGGACAGAGUGUUGCUAAUGGUUAUACUCCAUCAAACCACUUCAAAACUAAGAAAAAUCUUCUGGCCCGAUUAUUCAUGAAAAAAGAUUGCGCACAAAAAGUAUCACAACCUAUCGAACACUGUAGGAAUCGUACUCGUUUACGUGGACAUCCAGAACGACCUACAAUUAGUGCUGAAUGUAACAAUGAUGUGGUGAUGCCUUCAAAAACAAAAAAGUGA